CAGAUGAUCUUAGCUGCUUUGUAAAUAGACAUCAGCCAUUCACUGUAGUCAUGCCUUCAUAGGCUCUUUAAAUCCCCCCAGCUGAGCAGAUCCUUCCACUCGGACUCUCUAUUCUUUCACAGCUUUUCUCGGACCGUUUUUACUUUUUAUCAAAGUAUUUCUGAAACAUGUACCGGUCUCUGUAUGCCUUCCGAUCGUCCGAGCCCAACUCGCUGCACUUCGCGGCCGGGGAGAGCUUUCUAAUCCUGGAGAGGAGCAACAAACACUGGUGGUUGGGGUCCCGCUGCAGCUCAGGUGAAACCGGCUACAUCCCGGCCUCGUACAUCGAAAAAAUACAGGCUCCGGAGCAAGAUGAGGUGCUGCAGUCCAUCGACCGGGCAAUCGAAGGCAUCCACAAUAUGGCCUUAAAAAAUGGAGGAAAAUACAAUCUGGAACAACGAGACGUUCUACAAAAACUGAUCCAUCACAGAAAGGAGACCCUCGCUCGGCGAAGUUCUUCCUCCACCGGACACAGACUUCCAUCUUCCAACAGUGAAAUAUCUUUGAGUCAAACUCUUCCUCCUCCCAACGGCCUUAACCAGAACUAUGGAAGACAGGGUGGUGUGCCGUUAUCAGGGAGCAUGGACAGCAUGCAGGGAGAGCCGGGGUUUUACCAGGUGCCGCCUCAGCCUCGACGGGCCGCUCCAGUUACUCCUCCUCCCCCUGAGAAGCAGAGAAACAACCGGCGUCCAGAGCCGGAGGUCCCCUCCAGGGUCUCCUCUCUUCCUGCGUCCCCUGCUCCCUCCCUGACCAUCAGCACCACCUCCACAGAGUCUGCCUCCUCCUCCCGCUCCUGUUUGGCCACCUCCGACGUCAGUCUGCCAAGUGCUUCCAGCACGCCUCCUCCUCCUGUGCCAUCUCGCGUGAAGCCCCCCGUCCAAACUGCAGAUGUACAGCCCUCUGAAUCUCCUCCCAUGCCAGCUCCUGUGAAGAAAAGCCCAGCACCACAGCCUCCCCAGGCCUCUGAGCCCACCCACCCUAACAUUGCUCCUCUCCAGCUCUCCGUGGAGGACCCACCGGGGACUGAUUGGCCCGUCGCCCCCCCAUCUGUGGCUGAAAGCCCUCCUGGCAGCCCCUUUUCCUCUGAGCCAGUUCCCACAACCGUUGGAGCUGAACUGAUCGAGCUGGUGCGGAAGAACACGGGCCUGAGCUUCGAGCUGUCCCGGGUGGCCGUGGGAGUGGUGGUGGGACACCUGCAGACUGCUCUGCCUCAGGCCUCCUCUGCUUUGGAGCAGGUUCUUCUAUCGCUGGUGGAGAGCAAGAACUUGAGUGCAGCACUGCCGCAGGGCCAGGUGUGUCACGACGAACAGCGUCUGGAGGUCAUCUUCAGUGACCUCGCUCAUCACCGUGACGACUCCCAGCAACGCAGCUGGGCGCUGCAUGAGGACCACGCUCUCAUCACCUGCUACCUGGAGGAGCUGUUAAAGAUAUUGACUGAUGCAGAUCCAGAGGUGUGUAAGAGGAUGUGCAAGUCCAACCACUACGAGAACGUGCUGUCACUGGUUUCAUAUUACCAGAUGGAGCAUCGCGUGUCUCUGCGGCUGCUUCUGCUCAAAGUGUUCGGCGCGAUGUGCAGCCUGGAUGCGGCUCUCAUCUCCACUCUGCUAAACUCCAUCCUACCCAUGGAGCUGGCCAGGGACCUCCAGACGGACACACAGGAACACCAGAAGAUGUGCUACACAGCUUUGGUACUAACGAUGAUAUUCUCAAUGGGGGAGCAGGUGCCAUAUCAUCACUACGAGCACCUUAGUGCUGAGUUUGUUCGGUUUCUAUUGGGUGUGCUGAAGGACGGGCUUCCCUCUGAUCCCACUGAGCAGCUGCCGGACAUCUUCCUGAACCUCCUGCUGGCCUUUAACCUGCACCACACGGCACCGGAUAACAAUGCAAUAAUGCAGGAGCUGAGGCAGAAAAAUGUCAAGGUCCUGACAGAGAAGGUGCUGCUGCUCCUGAACAGAGGAGAGGAUCCAGUGUGCAUGUUCAAACACAACCCACCUGCACCUCACUCUGUGCUCAAGUUCCUGCAGGAUGUCUUUGCCAGCCGAGAGACCGCCGACAUCUUCUACCGCACUGACAUGAUGGUGAUGAUCGACAUCGCCGUCCGACAGAUUUCUGACCUAUCCCCUGGAGACAAGCUGCGGAUGGAGUACCUCUCUCUCAUGCACUCCAUAAUGCGCUCCACGGACUACCUGGAGCACCAGCACCGCCUGCCUGAUCUGCAGGGAUCGCUGAAGAGGAUUCUCAGGGAGGAGGAAGAUCCAGGAGAGGAUGAAGGGAGUGCCACGGCAAAACAGAUGGAUAAGUUAAUCGUGCAGCAGAUCUUCAAGGAGUUCCCACAGAUUUGCGACAACCAGGACUGACCAUAUCAAUGUCAUGCACAUUCACACGCUGUAGUUUUGCUCCCGUCAGCUGAAGGUAGGGGUGGGGGGGGGGGGGGGGGUUAUGCUGGAAAACUAAUGCUUUCUGCACCAGCUCAGAAAAACUAAAACAGGCUCUCCAGGGCUGCACUGUGCAUGUACACUCUACACUUCCCAAGCAGUUAUUUCAAGUAAUAAAAAUAUUUCUUUAGUGCUUUAAAGAAUAUUAAAAAUAUAAAAAUCUCAUAAAGUACGGAAGAGUUAAAUUUUGCUUCAAAGUCACAGUUUGCUAAAAAUAAAUGCCAGCAGCUUCUGAAGUGAAUUUUAAGCAAUAAAAACUGGGUCUCACAUGGACUAUGCAUGUGCUUUAUCAGAUAAAAUUUACUGCAAUCACAGCUGAGUCUUAUUUUAACCAAACUAACUUAAACCAAAUAGGUUUCAGAGAAAAUAUAACGAGACAAGUCUGUAGUUUGAUUAUUUCAAGUCAGAGAGAAAACUUUUGCGAGCUUCCCUUCGUAGAGGGACCAAACUACUGUGUGCUCUGGAGAGUAUUAUUUUCUUAAAUGCUUACUGCACUCUUACCCCUGACUUCCUGUGCCAUAAAACCAUUCAUUAUUAAUACUUAAAGCAAGGUGAGCAAAUUUACUUCCUUACUUAGAAAAGCAAAGCACACUUAUCUCUACAGACCUUGUAGCGGAGUUUGCUGCUUCUGCCGCUCUGAAGUCUGCUGUACAUCCAUCUCCAUCUGCUACAUUUGGCUUUCGUAUCUCUUCUGCAAUAAAUACUCUGUUUCCCCCAAACACAAAGCCUUGUAAGACUGAGAAGUUACCCUUCACAGAUUUAGACCAGCUGGCUGAAUUGAGGCUGUAUGUGAGAUAUGAUGUACUUGUUUAGUUAUAAUCUUGUGCUCCUGCUAAAAAAAGAUCAUGAUAAAAGAAGAAUACGAGGCAUUUUUAUGAUCUCACCGUGGUUUUUAUGUUAUUUUCCUUGUUUCUCGCAUCAAUGUUGUGACUGAUGUUCCUGCUUUUCACAUGUUGUGGGUUCCCUUCCAAUAGAAACACUUCUCCACAAUCCGGAAGAUCCAUGUCUGAGUGUUCGUUUCUUUGACUAAUGGUGUAUUUGUUUACAUUAUGUGUAAAAUGUGUGUUUGAGUGAUAAACAUCUUCAUGAUUAGCAUUGUCUGAAAAUGCUGCAACUGUGUAAUAAAACUAAUAAAGCUAUAUUUUAACAGUG